AUGACCACCCUCUUCCUCCUUGAUGGUAGUGGCUGCAAAGGCCAAUUAGAUAAGAAAAGAACUUUUGUGCAAUCUCGUAAACCAAAGGAAGACAAGAUCCAGGCAGCUGAGAAGGUAGUCGAUGGUUUUGAUUCAUAUGAACAUGGCAAGGUUGUCCUACUCAAUAUAUCCAAUAGCAAUGAGGUGAUUGCCGUCAUCAAAUUCACCCCGAUCGAAAACCUCACCCCAGCCGAAAAGGAAGGUAUCAACUUCGUAACCAAAUUCCUCCACCAAUCUAAGAAAUUUGUGAAUCCCGUUGGUCCCUCUCGAUCUUGGGCCGGGAGGAUGUGGGCGGUUGGCUGGCGUAAGUGUAUGAAAGCACUCGAGGUACUUGGACGUUACAUGAAGCUUCCAGCGGUCCACAAAUCACCGAUAGAGUAUUCUUCUGUCGUCAAGACAUCCACAAAGGUUUCCAAUAUCCUUGGAGGCCUGUUCAGUGCCUUUGCUAAUAUCCCCUUCAACGCCAACCGAGUAAUGAUGCAAAACAACAAAAUUCCAUCUUUCGAUUCGCCCGAGUUCAAUGAUGAACUCUUGGAGUUUCAAUGUGCACCACACAUUACUUUUACAAGCCAUGGCUUCUUCAACCAUUCUCACGCUGACAAGAAUGAUGCAUCAGAGUAUGCUUUUGCAAUGUUUGUUCCAACAAAGAAGAAGGACAGCACUUUAGCGGAUCCAUCAACUGGUUACGAUGUAUCGGGUGGACGGUUAGUUUUCCCUGAUUACUGCCUCUGUAUCAAUUUCAAGCAGAGGGGUAUAGUUAAAUUGGUGUGGGCUGCAAAGGCUGUAAGACAUUGCACAAUGCCAGCUAUCGAGUCAAAGCUGUUCACCCGGAUGGAAAUGUCUUUGCAAAUUCCAAAGAAAACCUCACGUAUUUGCCGCGACAUCAAGAACGGGUUAAUCUACAUCAGGAAGGCUGGUAUAUCAAAGAAGCACGUUCACUUUGGUGGUCACCGUUUCUACAUGAAAAACACAAAGAUUGCAAAGAAAAAAUCUAAUAGAUAG